AUGCAGAACGGAAAAGUUACCUCGUGGAUAUGGCUAUCCCUUUUAUCAUUAACAACGAUUUACGUGUCGACCCAAGCGACCACGCUGGACCCAGUGACCAUGAGGCAGGUACUUCCAGCGUACGCGGUUUUGAAAAAUGUGGAUCUUCUGAAUUCCAGCAGAUGUCGGACGGAGGUUGAUGAAUUUCGUAAUGCUGUUGACAACCACAUACUUUGGGCUCUAAGAGCUUUGGACACCAGUGGCGUGCCACCCGGGGGAUUUAUAAGCGGACACAAUUAUUGGUUAGGAGAUCGUAUGGGUUGCACCAUUCUCUCUCAAAAUCGCACGCUGUUUGUCUCGGAGGGGAAACGAAAGAACAAUACGAUAUAUCGCAACCCGAACGAGGAGCAUCCACCUUUUGAGUUCCGUUUUUUUAUUGGGCGCAUGCGGCACAAUAGCACUAUGCAAUAUCACCAAGAAAUACCGGACGAAGAUUUAAUUACGCUUGGACUUUGUUUACCGGCAUCCUGCACCAAACACGAUGUAGCUAUAAUGCUAGCUAAAGUCAUCCAUAAUAAAACGCUUUUCAUUGGAAAACUUUUUGCCAUAAACUUCAGACUCCUCCAAGUCACUGAUUUGGUGAAUGAUUAUCAAUGGCUCCUCUCUUUAAAGAUGAUCUCCAUCAUAGGAGUUUUGUUAUUGUUGUGUACUACCGCGGCAGCGGCCACAGCAUAUGAUAUUUUCGGCCAUCGAACCCGUGUAAACAGCGAAAAUGAAAUCAUAGCGCUUCAAGGUGGAAAUACGGAGGAAUUGGAGAACGGAACACGAGGGAAACGCAGAACCGAUCACAAUGGAUCGACACCUUCAGAGUCGAGGGAACAAAAUCGCAUGAACCAAUAUUUGCUCUGUUUUUCUUUGCUCAGAAAUGUACGGCAAAUAUUUAAAGUAAAAGAGGAUGUAGAGAAUUUGCGUAUAUUCCACGGUAUAAAAGUGUUGGGAAUGCUAUGGAUUAUUCUCGCGCAUUUGUUCAUCUUCGGGUUUCAUGUUAUGGCUAACAAAUCGCUUUACUACAUGAUGCGCGGUGAAAUACUCAUGGAAAUCAUAAAUAAUCCGACGUUUUCGGUGGACACGUUUUUCUUUCUGAGUGGUUUUCUGUCGUCUUAUAUUUUUCUCAAGGAACAACAAAAAAUGAAGGGAACACUGUCUACAACAGAAAAGACGAAUAUGUUCCUUCAAAUAAUUAUGAAGCGAUAUAUUAGGCUUACACCUGCAUAUUUCGUCGUUAUACUGAUAGCGAUAUUAAAUUUCACCUGGCAUGAUCAUGUCUCAGCACUUCCCCCCUUUGAGCAUCCAAGUGCUAAGUGUUCCAAAUAUUGGUGGACAAAUAUACUUUACAUAAACAACUUCUACCAUUGGGAUGACCUAUCAUUCAGUGGCCAGUUUUACCCGGACACUAAAAUAGACUGUUUCAGGCAUUACAAUAUUGCCAUUGGCUUAGGCGUUUUUAGCUUAGUUUCAUCGAUAGGAUCAGUCGUUUAUAUGGGGUACACUCUUAAUUACGAGCCUACGUUGGAUGAGCAAUAUAAGACACUGACAUACUUUUAUAUACGACCGUGGUGUAGAAUAUCUCCUUAUCUCAUAGGAAUGGCUACAUGUCACCUUCUUAACAAAUGCAACUACGAAUUACGGUUAUCAAAAAAAUUCUUAGUCCUUGGUUGGACUUUGGCAAUUCUAUGUAAUUGCUCGAUUCUAUUUACACCCGUGAACCAUAACACGUCCUUAAACUUAGCCGUUCUUUAUUUGGCCCUCAGUAGAACGGGCUGGGCACUGGGUAUAGCCUGGCUGAUAGUUGUAUGCACUACGAACCAUGCUGGUAUCGUGAAGAAAAUCUUAUCGCUAGAUAUUUUUGUUGUUUUGAGUAAAUUGGCGUAUGGUGUUUAUCUUCUAAAUCCUGUUCUUAUACUUUCGGCUUUUUCUUCAACUUAUUAUCCUUUCUACGUUGAUAACGUCACCAUUGGUACCCUGUUCGUUACAAUGGCUGUUUGUAGUUUUAGUGCUUCUAUUCUCUUAUGCGCAACAAUCGAAAUGCCGUUUAUGCGAUUGUAUAAUAGUGCACGAAGAAAAGCGAAGCGACAUAAUUCUUCCUGA